UGGAAAUUGAGUGGAAUUUUCGAUAAUCAUGGCUGAAGCAGCAGCCAGACGUGAAGCGAGGAAAAGAAAAAUACUGGAAAAUUCUGAGUCACGUUUGCAGAGAAUCACUGGACAAACAAGUGAUGAGAAGUCCCCAGUUUUUUAGUGGAGAAGUCUUGGAUUAAAAAAUAAUCUUAUCAAUGGCUCCUUUUCUUAGAUUAGGGACAAAUUCAACUUUUCUGAUUUUGAUGACUGUCUUGUGUAUGCAGCAAGUGCUGAAAAUCAUCUGAGCAUGUUUGAGUCGAGCUAUAGAUUAUACCUUGAAAAACAAUGAGAUUUUUUAAAGUAUCACCUUUUGCUGCACUGUUUAUUUACUACCCACAUUUAUUUUUCUGCCGGUUGCAAGGAUACACUCGAGUUUUUUUUAGCAACGACACUAUACAUUUAUCUCUGGAAAAUAACAUCUUCAUUUUUUUCUGCAUAUUUACUUAAAACAAAAGCUUGAUACUCACGUCCGGUCGUCUCAUCGUUCUCUUAGUGUUUCAUGAAUGGCAAAACUCAUUGAUGGAUUCUAUAAUUAUUUAGAAGAGACUCCGAAGCUCCAGCAGAAAUUAUCGCCAUCGUCAACAAUCAACGGAGCGAUUCUAAACGAGUCUGUCAUUGACUCCUGGAACACUCUCUCUGAAUUCCAGGAUGAAUUUCCAUCUACAUCGCAGCAAGAUGUUUUUACUGAGAAACCGCUGAAUCAGCCCAAUGUUCCUCGUAGAAGAAAUCUAGGGUAUACUGCAAAUGGGGACAUCCAGGGCCAAACACACGAACCUGAUCUUAUGUCGGACUAUCAAAAUUCAUUUGUCCCAUAUGCAGAAAAUACUUCAGUGGAAACUGAAAAACUGAAGGAUUCCAACGUGAUGUCAUUCCUCGCUAGUCCGUGGGUUUACGUUGCCCUUGCUUUUGUUGUGAAUGCCAUGAUUCUGAUGAAAGCAGAACAUAUGUUUGGAACGAGUAUAAUGGUGCCAUUUUCGGUGAUCCUAAUAACCCGUAUGUUCUUUCGCGCCAAUCUCCAGCAGUCUCAACAUGGAAGUAUGCUCUUCGCAGCCUUAAUCCUAUGUAACAUAAAGCCAGAGAUAAUCCACCGACUGAAAAUAUCGUCCAGGCUAAUCUUCGUAGUACUCAAGGAACUGUCAUUCUACUUAUUCAGUUUCGUAAUAAUUUACUACUUUGGCACAUCCUACUGGUACGAUUUCGAGGGUCUGGGCUCCAACAAGCUUGAAAUAAUCGUAGAUCACCAAACAGAAGCAUAAAUUAUUUUUCUUAUACUCACUUCUGAGGAAGUUCUUGAUGGAUUUUAAUCAAUUCAUCAUGCCUUCGGAACUCUCGAUAUUCACAGCUAUGUCACGAUACCCCCUGAGCUUUGCACGAUUCACAAUUGUAAAUAAAUCGAUUAUAUGAAUAAA